AUGAGUCCUACACAAGAACCCACAGCACCGGUAGUCCAAGGCCGACUCAUCGGCCACUUUCAAGACCGGCCGGUAGAGGAACACGGAUCCGGCUGGUCCUCCCUCUGGGACUCAAAUGAGAGCGACCUCUGGGAUCGGGGAAAACCCUCCCCUGCACUGAUUGAUCUCAUCGAGCAAGAAAAGAAUAACACUAUCUUCCAGCCUCUGAAGCCAGACGGCCAGCGGAAGAAGGCGCUUGUUCCCGGCUGUGGACGCGGUUAUGACGUCAUCAUGCUCGCCCUGCAUGGGUUCGACGCCUAUGGACUCGAGAUAUCAGCAACUGGUGUAGCCACCGCUGAGAAAUAUGCGGCGUCCGAGAUGCAACGGCCCCAGGAAUACAACUUUGGGGUGGGAUGGACGGGGCCAGUGACGCCGGGCAAUGCUUCUUUUGUUGAAGGCGACUUCUUCAAACCCGACUGGGAGCGACAGAUCUCAGCCAACGGUGAUAUCAAGUUUGAUUUGGUCUACGAUUAUACGUUCCUUUGUGCUUUGCACCCGCAGAUGCGUCCCCAGUGGGCAGCGCGCAUGAGCCAGGUGGUGGCUUCCGACGGAGUCUUGGUUUGUCUAGAGUUUCCCAUGUACAAGGAUCCUACUCAGCCUGGUCCGCCUUGGGGGCUCAAUGGAGUCCACUGGGAUCUGCUGGCGCGGGGAGGUGACGGUUUCCAGAAUAUUGGGAAAGAGGCUGAGGUUGAUCAGGCCGAUCAGCUACCGGGUCGGUUUAGGAGGCUGCAGUAUCGAAGGCCUGCUCGAUCAUACGAUGCAGGAAGAGGAGCGGAUAUGUUGAGUAUUUACGCGCUGAAGUAG